UCUUCCACCACUGUUGCCGAGGAAAACACUGCACAGUUAGUUCCGAGACGGCACCACGACAACAUGCAUCAAAGAAGAGGACCGAAUCCCUAAUUCUCUAGUGCCUCCUUCCUCACUACACAACGAGAAAAGAUGAGCCAUGGGACGAAGUGGAUGCACUACUUGAGGCAGUGGAGCGCCGCGAACGUCUCUUCGGCCUUGAUAGAGAAGGGGCAGAACCGGGUCAUUGAUGCCUCCCUUACUUUGAUUCGCGAGAGGGCCAAACUCAAGGGAGAGUUACUAAGGUCUUUGGGCAGUGUGAAAGCUUCAACAUCACUCCUGGGAGUUCCGCUUGGACACAAUUCCUCUUUCCUGCAGGGUCCUGCUUUUGCUCCUCCUCGGAUUAGGGAGGCUAUCUGGUGUGGUAGUACCAACUCUAGUACUGAAGAAGGUAAAGAAUUAAAUGAUCCUCGUGUACUAACUGAUGUUGGCGAUGUUCCUAUACAAGAGAUACGAGAUUGUGGAGUUGAUGAUGACAGACUAAUGAAUAUUAUAAGUGAGUCUGUCAAGUUAGUGAUGGAACAGGAUCCACUGCGACCUCUUGUUUUAGGUGGUGACCACUCCAUUUCUUUUCCCGUCGUCAGAGCUGUAUCAGAAAAGCUAGGUGGGCCUUUAGAUAUUCUUCACCUAGAUGCCCAUCCGGAUAUAUAUGAUGCUUUUGAGGGAAACAAGUAUUCACAUGCUUCUUCUUUUGCACGAAUAAUGGAGGGAGGUUAUGCUAGGCGCCUUCUGCAGGUCGGAAUUAGGUCGAUUACUCGCGAAGGGCGUGAACAAGGGAAAAGGUUUGGGGUUGAGCAGUACGAAAUGCGCACUUUUUCGCAAGACCGCCAUAUGCUAGAAAAUUUGAAACUUGGGGAAGGCGUUAAGGGUGUCUACAUCUCUGUGGAUGUCGACUGCCUUGACCCUGCAUUUGCUCCCGGAGUGUCUCAUAUCGAGCCGGGUGGUCUCUCAUUCCGUGAUGUGCUCAACAUCCUCCAUAAUCUCCAAGCCGAUGUUGUUGCUGCUGAUGUCGUUGAGUUCAACCCGCAGCGUGACACCGUUGAUGGAAUGACUGCCAUGGUGGCUGCAAAGUUGGUGAGGGAACUUACUGCGAAGAUCUCCAAGUAGCAUCCACCAUGCCGACUCUUUCGAUAUCGCCUUUAAAUUUUUUAUUUAUGGCUUGUAUUUGUAUUUUCUUUUUCCUCGCCUGAUCAGGGAUUUCUCCCGAGUGAUCAUUUUGCUUGGAUUAUCUUUGUCAUCUAAAUUAAAUGCAAACUGACAAAACUUGUAAUGAAUGAAUAUUUUGUGAGGUAGCUCGUUCGGAGAUC